AUGCUAUUUGAGCCAUCACUCGAUACAUUGCAGCGUGUGAACCCUACCAUGGACCUUGCACGAUAUUUCAGCGAGCUUCCCCCUCCAACGUUACAACCUAUCCUAGACGCAUCCUAUCCGUUUUUCCUUCUUAUUGCGGACGUUACACGACUGGCUCGUAGUAUACGUCCUUUGAACAAUACCGAGAUUCAGACCUAUUCUCACCUGUUAACCAAUCUCUUGUACUACGACCGGCACUUGAAUGACGGCAGCCUCACCAUGAAUCUGUACCUGCUAACCAUGCGAAUAUUGCUACUCAAGGUUGAUCCAGUAUUAUCCACUGCCGAGGCUACAGAGCAGAUUUCUCACUUAUCCCCGGCCGGCUUCUCUAUUUUGGACUCCUUGAACGUCAACCAGUAUCUCCUCGGCUUUUCGCUGUGGCCCGUAGCAGUACUGGGAUCCAUUGCAACCACAGCCAACGAACAAUACAUUGCCGAGAGCAAGAUCUCCUCACUAGCUCACAGACAGCACGGACAAGCUAUGCGACUACGCAACCGGCUCAAGGCAAUCUGGGCCACGCCGAAGGUUGAGAGGACUACGUCGUUGGUACACCGACUACACAUGCUAGUGAAAGGAAUUUGA